AUGGGGGAUCUUCACAGAUGCAGGUGGAGAGGCUGGAUCUACUGCCAAGAUGUUCUGUUUCCAAAGAUACAGGAAGUCGUGUCAGCCGCAUGGUCUACCUACUCUAAGCCAGUUCCGUCCAGCUGCAAUGAGCUCCUGGCCUUAUUUCUGCAGUGCUGCUGCAUCACAGCCUUAAUAGGUGGCCUCUUCUACAACUGGUUGUUUGCUUCACUAGAGUAUCCAUCCCAUCUCUCUGCUGCAACUGCUGCUUUCUUCAGUUUUCUGCUUCUAUUGGCCCUUUUCUUGGUGCAUCCUUUCCGCUGCAUGGUCACUAUUAUUGUGCCUACGCUAGGUACUAAACAAGGCCGGAGGCUUCUCUUGUCUACCUGCUUCAUGAUUGUGGCAGUUAAUAUAACACCAAAUAUCAUGGGAAACAUUAAAACCAUACUGCAGGUUAUUAAGUGCAUUUGUAAGAAUUCCUCUGAGAGUCUUCUGAAUUCAACUGCCCUGUUGGGGAGUGCUUCCUGGGAGUUUGGUCACCACAUCAAACCAGUCUUUGACAGCUUAUUAGUCUGGAAGCCCAUGAAUGGACCUUUUCAGCUUCUUGUGGAUAGAAAUACCUCUGUAAUUAGGCAGCAGCUGGGCCUUGCUAGUCAAAAGAUAAAAGAAGAUUUCUUUGCUACUGAACUGCUGGUCAAGGGUGCAGUCCUCAUAAGCAACAGGGUGGUGGCUGGCUUCUUCAUGUCCUAUCUUUUUUUUGAGUCUGCUUGGUAUUUGAAAAGCUAUCUCACCAACCUCCAAUUUGAUAACAUUUAUAUCACCAAGAAGCUGGAGUGUUUAGCUGUGGAGAAUGAAACAACCAACCUGCUGGCCUGCUUGCCCAAAAACCUUAUCAAAUCAACUGGCCUGAAGCUUUCGCGGGAGGAAACAAUGGUGUGCCUCAUGCGCAUGCUGCUUCUCACCUUGAUGCUGCUGCUGACAGUGGUGAUCAUAGCAACAGACCACAUCGCCUUCUACUUGGCACACACAGCAGUGAAAGAGAUGGUUGAGCUUCCCACAGUGCCUGUAACUCUCAACAUAAAAUAUAAUGCCAAAGUAAACAUUGUGCCCUUUCUCUCAAGUCUUUUCCUUUAUGGAGGACCAACGGCUAUAGACUUUCAAAGAAGUUACCAUCAGAAUCUGACCUUUGUUUCUGCUGACUGCACUAGGAAACCGCCUAGCCCACCUAAUAACUCUGUGGCGCUUGUUGUUGGACUGCUCUUUUGCAUUAUAUAUGCCAUGAUAUUUCUGGAAACCUAUGCACACCGCUUGUGCCGAAAAAUCUCAGCCUCCUUCUUUGAGAGCCAAGAAGAGCAAAGAGUUUAUUACCUCUAUAACAAGCUAUUAAGGACACACAAGAAAAAGGAGCAGAAAGCAUUUUCAGAAAGGACAGCAGCUUUAUAAAGAUCCUGCAAGCUGGAACAUCUAGGGUAUCAUGACAGGAGCUAAUGAGAUACUUGAACUAUGAUUCCACAACAAUUGCAUCUUGGAUAAUGCAGCUUGGGUUUUGUUUUCUAAGUCAGAAUUAGGGAUGAGGAAAGGAAUGACAAAAUCUGAAAAUGUUAUGUUUUGUAAAUCUUACAUAUUUAUUUUUGCUCAACUUAAUAAGACUGUUUUACAACAAAAAUGAUCCUAUUACCAAAAAAAAUCAGCAUUUUCAAAUUUCUAAGGUUAUUUUGAUGAAGAUAAAAUUUGACCCCAGACCCUGCAAAAAUGUAAAAACAAGAUUGAAUAUUUUAUUUAGAAAAGGGUCAGGUUACAAAGAUGUGAAGAAAAACAAAAUUUGAGGCUUAUAAAAUGGCCUGGGAUUAGAUUGUGUAAAAUAUAAUGCUGAUUUUGCCCAUACCUAUGUAUUUAUUGAGUUAUAUUUCAGUGUUUCACAUGUACUAUGUCAAGUUAAAAAUUAUGAAUGUGAGAAGAUGCCUGACACUUUAUUGAUCUAUAUGUGGAAACAAGUAACAUCCUGCCCAGUGGUUGGUAUUGGCAUAAAAUAUGCUGGAAAUGUACAGGUAUGACAUAUUCUUCACUCUGAGUGAUGUUGUCCCACGCUAGUCAUGGUUGGAUUACAUAAAGAGAAUGAUGAUGAGUGCUUUGUACACUUGGUAAACUCAGAGAUAGGGAUGAGGUAUAAGACACAAGCAGAGUGAGCAACGUGAUGGCAGCAAAUGGCCUAUUAGAUCCAUUAUUUUUUUGGCAGGGCAGGAGUUACUUCGGAGGGGUCGCUUAAAUUGUAUGAUGAAUGAAGAGAAGAGGGAUGAAGUUGAUGGGACUGGGGAGAAGCAGGUAAGAGGGGGAGGCGAGGUGUGAAGCUAAGGUGAAGUGAUUGUGUAGAGGAUGCUGUCGGAGCAAACAGCUAGUUCACACAGGGUGGAGAAACCCAGUCAAGCCGGCCAAACCUGCUCUGAAUGCCCAGAGAUCUGUACUUUGACAGCUUUCCUUCUUCCCAGUUGAAUCUCUGGCUGAUUCCUUUUUUCAGUUUUACAGCACAGACCAACUCCAACUAAAAGUCCCAGGGGCUUCCUACCUCUGCACUUGGGCAUAAUUUAUCCUAAUAUAUAAAACAUACUAAAAAAGGUGUGACUGAGUAAAAGCCCUCAACUUAAAAUCUCUAUAACUAUACACUACAAAUAAUUCCUUUCAGAGGCAAUACCAUAACACAUUAUUAGUAUUGAAAUGACUGUGUUUCCCAGGAGGGUAAAAACAUUUUCUAUUAGACUGAGUCUAUUUUAACAACUGGAGUAAUUAUGUUAUAACUAGGUUUUAAAGAGCUUCUCAAUAAUGACAACUGGGUAACUUUCCUGUGGAAAGUGAGCUUAUAGCCCAUCCCUGUGGGGCCUCUAAUGAGACAUGGGCGUGUGUGUGUGUGUAUCUGUGUGCGGGGGAAAU